GCUCUAAAAUAGUUUAUAGGAACUGUUUAUUGUACCUGGUCACAGUCUACUUGGACUGGCCAUUUGAACAUAUGCCUUCAACCAACCAGUUAAUGAACAAAUGGGGCAAUACAAUUUAGCUUCAAGGAGGUACCAAGCAGCUGAGUGGUUAAGGCAGAUGGAUCAAGUUGCAAUGGAAUUCCUGCCCAAAGAUCCCUCUGAAGAAGAAUUUCGCCGUGCACUUUGCAAUGGAUUCAUUCUUUGCAACGUUCUCAACAAAGUCAAUCCCGGUGCUGUUCCUAAGGUGGUGAAAGCUUCUAUGACUUCUUCUGAGGCAGCAGAGUCCCCAAAUCAGGAUUCUGAGAACAUGAGGAACUUUCUGGCUGCAGUUAAAGACAAGCAGCUCCUGGCCUUUGAAACAUCAGAUAUGGAAAAGGGCGGGUCAAUAAAUAAAGUGGUGGAUUGCAUUCUGUGUCUAAAAGGAUAUCAUGAGUGGAAGAAAGCAGGUGGAGUUGGGGUUUGGAGGUAUGGUGGAACUGUAAAGAUCACAUCCUCCCCAAAUGAAUUACCAAAUGCCUUAACUGCAACUGAAAGAGCUGCUGAUGAAUCUGGGGAAGAAUUGGAAUUAUCAAAAUAUGAGCAGCUACGGGAGUUUAUCCAGCUCUCUAACGAGGCCUCUAUUGAAGAAUCCAAAACAACCAAUGCUCUAACUUUCCUGUUCGAUCGCUUCGGCCUUUGGCUUCUACAGGCUUAUCUUACAGAUGGCAACAUGGAUGAGGAGUUUCCCUUGAAUGCAAUGGUGAUUGAUGCUUUCCUCAGCAAGAUAGUUAAUGACUUCUCAACACUUCUAGUUUCUCAAGGAAUCAAGCUUGGACUGUUUUUGAAGAAAAUAUUGAAAGCUGAUGAUGGUCCAGUGUCCAAAUCUGAUUUUAUAGAAGCGACCUCAGAUUAUAUUGACAAAAGAAAUAACCUGCAGGCAGCAACUGAUAUCUCCAAAGCCUACAUCUGUAUUGGCAAUAAUGAGGUUGUUCUCAAUAGUGUUUGUCGUUCUCCUGGCCGUGUCGAAAUACUUACCGAUCUUAUACAAAGACAUAUCGAGGAUCUUAAAUUAUUUUUUCGCGAAACAAGGUUAGAAGUUAGAAAGUUUCAUUCAUAUUGGGAGGCAGAUAUUAAAAGAUUAGAGCAUCAUGUUAGAGAUCUUGAAGUGGCAUCUUCUUCUUACCUCAAGAUAUUACAAGAGAAUCAAAUGCUGUUCAAUGAAGUGUUAGACCUCAAAGGAAAAAUAAGAAUAUACUGUCGAGUAAGGCCCAUUUUACCAGGGGAACCGAAAGAUCAAUCAACUGUAGACUAUGUUGGAGAAAAUGGAAGUAUCCUCAUUGUCAAUUCUUUAAGGAAAGGAAAAGAUUCAAAAAAAGUAUUCUCAUUUGACAAAGUAUUUGGACCAACUGUAUCUCAAGAACAAAUAUACACAAACAUUCAACCAUUGAUCAGGUCUGUACUUGAUGGUUAUAACGUAUGCAUUUUUGCGUAUGGACAAACUGGAUCGGGCAAGACAUAUACCAUGAGCGGGUAUGACUUGAACACUAAGGAGACAUGGGGUGUGAACUUUCGAGCUAUAUGUGACUUAUUUCAAAUAUCAAAGACAAGAGAAGAUGUCAUAGAAUACAAAGUUGGGGUCCAAAUGAUUGAAAUAUACAAUGAACAAGUGAGAGAUUUGCUAGUUAUUGAUGGCUCUACUAAAAGAUAUCCUUUUGAAUUUUCUUUCUAUCUGCAAUUCAGUUUAUAUCUAAGAGAAGCCUUCCUAUGCUUUCUGUCUUGUUUAGAUUUGGAUUUACUUUUUUCUCCUUUAAGCAUAUAAGUUCCCAUAACUACAUGUUACAUUAGAUAUAUAUAACAAUACACAAUUGAAUGGCCUUACUGUUCCUGAUGCGAGUUGGGUUCCAGUUUCUAGUACUCAAGAUGUUCUUGAUUUGAUAAGAAUUGGCCAAAAGAAUCGUAUCGUAGGUCCAACUGCAUUUAAUGAGCGAAGCAGCCGUUCUCAU